AUGACACCGCCCCCGCCGCCGCCCCCACCCCCAGGCCCGGACCCCGCCGCGGACUCCGCGGCGGACCCCUGCCCUGGUCUCGGAACGCUGGUUGUCCUGUUCGGGGCCACUGCUGGUGCCCUGGCUCCGAACCUGGGCUCCGACGAGACCGACUUAAUCCUCCUAGUCUGGCAAGUGGUGGAUCCGCGGAGCCGCCAGGUGGGGACGCUGCACAAGUCGCUGGUUCGCGCCGAGGCGGCCGCGCUGAGUCCGCAGUGUCGCGAGGCGAGCGGCCUAAACGCCGACAGCCUGGCACGGGCGGAGCCGCUGGACAAGGUUUUGCAGCAGUUCUCACAGCUGGUAAGCAGGGAUGUGGCUCUGCUGGGCGGGGGCCCCUACGUGCUUUGUACUGAUGGGCAGCAGCUGUUGCGACAGGUCCUGCACCCCGAGGCCUCCAGGAAGAACCUGGUGCUCCCCGACACCUUCUUCUCCUUCUACGACCUCCGCAGAGAGUUCCAUAUGCAGCAUGCGAGCACCUGCCCUGCCAGGGAUCUCACCGUGGCCACCAUGGCACAGGAGUUGGGACUGCAGACAGAUGCCACAGAGGAUGAUUUUGGGGUCUGGGAAGUGAAGACAAUGGUAGCUGUCAUCCUCCACCUGCUUGAAGGGCCCAGUGGUCGAUUGUUUUCGAAGCUCGAGGUGAUAAAGCAGAAAUAUGAGACGGGGCCUUGCUCUGACCCUGUGCCCUGCCCCCACAGCAGCAAGGCUGAUGUGGUGGACAGUGAGACUGUGGUACGGGCCCGUGGGUUGCCCUGGCAGUCAUCAGACCAGGACGUGGCUCGCUUCUUCAAAGGGCUCAAUAUUGCCAGGGGUGGUGUAGCACUCUGCCUCAACGCCCAGGGCCGCAGAAAUGGUGAGGCCCUUAUCCGCUUUGUGGACAGUGAGCAGCGGGACUUAGCGCUACAGAGACACAAGCACCACAUGGGCGUCCGGUAUAUUGAGGUAUAUAAAGCAACAGGGGAGGAGUUUGUAAAGAUCGCAGGGGGCACAUCACUAGAGGUGGCUCGUUUCCUGUCCCAGGAAGACCAAGUGAUCCUGCGGUUGCGGGGACUGCCCUUCUCGGCUGGGCCAACGGAUGUGCUAAGCUUCCUGGGGCCAGAGUGCCCAGUGACGGGGGGUGCUGAUGGGCUGCUCUUUGUGCGCCACCCUGAUGGCCGGCCAACUGGUGAUGCCUUUGCCCUCUUUGCCUGUGAGGAGCUGGCACAGGCUGCUCUUCGCAGGCACAAGGGCAUGCUGGGUAAACGAUACAUUGAACUCUUCCGGAGCACUGCAGCUGAGGUGCAGCAAGUCCUGAACCGCUAUGCAUCCAGCCCACUCCUUCCCACACUGACUGCUCCACUGCUGCCCAUCCCCUUCCCACUGGCAGCUGGGAUAGGGAGGGACUGUGUACGCCUUCGAGGCCUGCCCUACACAGCCACCAUUGAAGACAUCCUGAACUUUUUGGGAGAGGCAGCGGCUGACAUCCGGCCCCACGGUGUGCACAUGGUGCUCAACCAGCAGGGCCGGCCAUCAGGUGAUGCCUUUAUCCAGAUGACAUCAGCAGAGCGGGCCCUAGCUGCUGCUCAGCGUUGCCAUAAAAAAAUGAUGAAGGAACGCUACGUGGAGGUCGUCCCCUGCUCCACAGAGGAGAUGAGCCGUGUGCUGAUGGGGGGCACCUUGGGUCGCAGUGGCAUGUCCCCUCCACCCUCCAAGCUGCCUUGCCUCUCGCCACCCACCUAUGCCACCUUCCAGACCACCCCAACCCUCAUUCCCACUGAGACGGCAGCCUUGUAUCCCUCUUCAGCACUGCUUCCAGCUGCCAGAUUGCCUGCUGCCCCAACCCCUGUUGCCUAUUACCCAGGACCAACCACUCAACUCUACAUGAACUACACAGCCUACUACCCCAGCCCCCCAGUCUCUCCCACCACUGUAGGCUACCUCACCACGCCCCCUGCUGCCCUGGCCUCUGCUCCCACCUCAAUGUUGUCCCAGCCAGGGGCCCUGGUCCGCAUGCAGGGUGUCCCAUACACAGCUGGUAUGAAGGAUCUGCUCAGUAUCUUCCAGACCUACCAGUUAGCCCCUGACGACUACACUAAUCUGAUGCCUAUUGGUGACCUACCUCGCACUGUGUUACAAGCCCCCAAGGAGUGGGUGUGUUUGUAGGUGAGGACCAGGAGGUAAGAACUAGCUAAAGGCCUCAGCUAACAUGCCUCCCCUGCAUCCAGAGGACCAGCGCCUUCAACCUGGUGGCUUCUUUCUGGCUUGUCAAAGCUCUCAGAAGGCACCCAGGGGAGCCCAAGCCCAGCUCCAUUCCCCACUUAUUCCUCUGGCUGUUCGCCCCAAAGAUGAUAGCUGGACUCUACAUGCAAGGCUGGGGGUGGAAUGGGGCUACCCUGCUCCUGAUGGCCUGACUCGGGCCUCCUGAGUGGCACUGGAGAGCCAUUGGUUUGUUCUAAGGCCCAUGACCACAGAUACUGUGGGGCUGACAGGUCUGCAGCAGGCUUGCUCUCUUUUUUAAAAUAAGCUCCGGUACCUUCAAUGUAUGACUCCUGGGAGAAUCAAGGAUCCAUCUGAACCUAAGUAAAGAUCCCAAUGCUGUACCUCCCCACCGUCUCUCUGGUGGGGGGUAGGGAGGCAGAGAGAUAGAACUGGUCCCCACCCUCAGGAUACUUGGACCUAAGAGACCAUGGCGUGCCAGGGGUGGUCCAACCUAAGAAUGCUAGCCCUCCUUCAGCUGGGCACAAGGAGUAUCAGAUGACAAAACCACAGGCUAUUUUGAUGGACUGUGCUGCAGUAUCCCCAGAGAACACUAGGGGGCAGGAGGCCCCCACACAAAAAUUCAGGCUUGACUUUUAAAGGGGACUUUCUGCCAACUUUUCAUGCCCACCUUGGGAAGGCCAGUUGUCCUGAACCCAGCAAACACCGUGAAUGUU